AUGUCGACCUAUCCUAUGGGUCACCUCUACGUCGUUCAAGUAAUGGAGUACAUGGACGAAGACGUGGGGCUCUUCUACCAAAGGGAGCUCCUUAAGUUCGAGCUCAUCAGACCGAUGACGCUGCUGGCGGACGACCUGAUGAAAAAGGACCUUCGCGGCAAUCCAACAAACUGCGACAAUCGCGUUCGAACGACCCACGAUGGGCUUUGCCUGGCUCAACGCCGCAAUAGUGUCGAAGUACUGAUUGAUGAGCGCAGCUUCUUGGGGGACAGUGGCAGCGCGGCCUUCAAUACGAAGGCCGACGGUCGCAAGCAACUUGCACAAGCACUCGAGCGAUUAUUUGACGUGCUUGUCAAUGCUACCAAAUAG